AAAACCCUUUUUAAUUACACUUUCCUCCACCAAAUUAAAAGUCUCAACAUGUGCUCCAUAUAAGAAGCCAUUUUUCUUCCACUUCUCUCCAUAGCCCUUUGUAAUAUUCAUAAUGUAGUUUCUUUAAUUACAUACAAAAAAAUGGGAAGAAAAAUCGAUAGAAAACCUAAAUCUUAUACUCUUCCUUCUUCACCAACGCAUUCAUCUUCAUCUUCCGAUUUCGAAUUCACCAUUCCCCUUUCUCCACGUAGUCGAAAAAUCUCCCCUAACAUAUGUCCAGCUGACGAACUUUUCUACAAAGGACAACUCUUACCACUCCACCAAUCCCCUCGUUUGUCUAUGGUUCGUACUCUCCUUCUAGCCUCAUCCUCGACCUCUUCCUCCUCUGAUACCACAACCACUGCUUCCCGUGAUUCCACGGGAAGCAGUGGUAGCUCCAACGAUUCCCAGUACUCGUACUCGAGUACUGGUGACCUCGUCCUCCUCCCUGACGGAUGUGAUUCAUCACGCCCUAGUUCUGUCAUGGAGGAGGACGAGUUCAAGCGCCUUAAUACCGGGUCGGUAAAAAAGGCGUGUAGUACUACUAAUAAGUACUUGAAUUUUUCGCUAGCGAGAUUCUCUUCCGUGUUCCGCAAGGAAUCUAACAAGAGUAACCGAAAUGAUUCCGAAGCGAUCUCAGGAACUUUGCCUGCUCAGACAUCGUCUGUUAGACGUAUGAGUACGUCAGCUAGAGAAGUUAUACGUAAGUAUUUGAAGAAAGUCAAACCAUUGUACGAAAAAUUAUCACAAAAGCCUUCGGAGAAAAUAAUUGUUUCAACGAUAUGCAAAAAGAGAUGUAAUAUGAUCAAAGAAAAUACUCAAAAUGCAACGAUUUCACAUUCAUUUUCUGGGAAUUUGAGGUAUCCAAGGAGAAGAAGCUACGUGUCGAGCUGUCCUUCGUCGAUGAGAUCAUCGCCCAGCCAUUCAGGGAUACUUAGUAGAAGUGGGUACAAUACGCCAACAACGACGACCAAUAAAAUAAUGACAGGUGGCAAUUCGUCAGAUUCGUCUACUAUGGAGGAGCUACAAAAUGCAAUUCAAGGUGCAAUUGCACAUUGCAAAAAUUCCAUGCUUCAAAAUCACAACGUUAAUUAAUAAUAACGAAUAUUUAAUUAAUGUUGGGGUUUUUUUUUCUUGCAAGGGUAAAUAAGGAAGAAAAAAAAGAUAAAAGGAGUAUUUGUGUUGAAUUUCUAGUUUAAUUUAAUUAAUUAGCUAUUGGGGAUCUAAAGGGUUUUUUUUUUUGUUUUUAUUUAGUGGGUUAUUUGACUGAUGGAAGAUGAGGAAUUUAACCUUUUGUUGUUGUUUUUUCCUUAUUUUUUUUAUUAUAUAGUUUUAACCUAGCCGUUGUGUCUUGAUCUAAGUAAUUUUAAUGAGUUGCAUGUGAUGUUAUUAAUGGAUCACUCAUUUGGAUUUUUUUCU